CGUGACCGCGCCUCCGUCGCCCGCGCGGAGCCAGAUGCCGCCCUCUCCGCCUGUCCCUCCCCCGGCGGCCUGGCGCCUCCUUCCCUCCGCGCCGCGGUGACUCACGGAGAGGGAGGCGGAGGCUGAGGCGGCCGCUCCCGCUGCUGCUGCUGCUGCCGCUGCCGCUGGUGCCGUCGCGGCUGCUCGGGCUGUGCGCGUCCCGGAACAGGCCGCCGCGCGCCGCUCUCGGACCCGCAGCCCCCGCCCGCCUGGCCGGGUCGGGCGGCCCAGGGCAGCAUAUUCUUAUUUCUCCCUGGCCACGGCCCACCUGUCACAGUUGAGCAUCUGUUUGCCUCAAGUUGAUUUCCAGAAGCAGGAGUUACAAGUGUGUAACCCAAACCCCUCCACGCCCGGCUUCCUCCCACUGGCUCCUCCUGGAGGGAGGAAACCCCGGGACGUCUCUCCCGGGACCUCGCCGCUGCAGGUCGGGUCCCCGCCACACCUGGACGCACUGCCGCUCGCAGGAGCCACCCUGUAACAGCAGUCCCCAGAGCUGGCCAGGGGAUGAACCGCGAGGGGGCCCCCGGGAAGAGUCCGGAGGAGAUGUACAUUCAGCAGAAGGUCCGAGUGCUGCUCAUGCUGAGGAAGAUGGGCUCCAACCUGACGGCCAGCGAGGAGGAGUUCCUUCGCACCUACGCAGGGGUGGUCAACAGCCAGCUCAGCCAGCUGCCCCAGCACUCCAUCGACCAGGGUGAGUCCAUCGACCAGGGUGCGGAGGACGUAGUGAUGGCGUUUUCCAGGUCGGAGACGGAGGACCGGAGGCAGUAGCUGCAACCCCGGUGGAACACCCUGGAAGCUGGCCAAGGCCAGGAGAUCUGUGUGGACCUCACCGCUGAGUGGCAGAGGGUCAUCUCUCCUCCCCCUGGCUCCCCACCCAACCCCACCCUGUCCCGCCCCAGGGCCACUCAGCAUCCUCGGGGGAGACACCAAUGGUGUGGUCACGAUUGGCUUAAAGGGACGGACUCAUGAUUGGCUGCAGGAAGAAACCUUUUUAUUUUUAAAUCUUGACCAAUGGAAACCUUUUUAUUUUUAUUUUCUGACUAUUAUUUUAAAAAAAGAAAAAAAAUUUGAGCCUCGGGUGUAUGGCUUCCCAAGAAGCUCUCCGAGCUCUGGUGCUUUAUUUGGGUCACUCUUUAGGAACGUGAGGAGGUCCGAUUGGCCGCUUAAACUGGAAAAGGAUUUGAUUGGCUGGCUAAUGGGAACCUUUUUUUUUUUUUUUUUUCUUCUUUGAUUGGCUGCAGGUGUUAGGCUGAUCACAACAGCUCCUCUCUUUUGAAUGUCGAAAACAGGGUUUGGGACAUUGGUUGUUAUAUUUGACUUGAAAAAAAGAAAGAAAGAAACCAAGUGCGCUUUGCAAUAUUUAUUACACAAAGAGCCUGCUGCUGUUUUCACGUG